GAUCUUCGCCUGGCACCAUGCAGACGGUCCCUGGGCCCUGCCUGACGGCUCGGUGUUCCCCCCUCCCCCACCAGCCGUGCUCCUGUUUCACUCAAAGAUGGCGUCGGCUCUAGAGCCCCUGGUCCCUGGCUGCAUUUUUAGCCUUGUUGUUGUCUUCGUUUCGCACGGUUCUGGCACCCUCCCGGCGGCGGCUCGACACGAAAUUCCGUUCUCGUCAGCUGCUGAGGUGCAGUGGAGAUGAAGGCGAUCAGCCCUCAGUGCUCCCUGGGGUGAGAAAUCUGUUCCAACCCAAAGCUGAGAAGCCCUCACUGCUGGAAGAGGAAUAAAGGGGAGAAGAGAACAAGUGGAGUUAAGACAACGUGGAUGUGGAUAUAUUUGCUGUAUUUUCUUCACUUUUUUAAAAUUUUUUAAACACAACACUAACUUUUUGGUCUGGAGAUUUUGAUCGUGCCUCACAACUCACACUAAGAACUGGCCACAUUUUGAGUGGUAGCAGCUGCACCGUUGUUUUGGGCGAAAUGUAAUCUUUCCUCCUUUGUUUUUUUUAUUAUAUUUUAUUUAUUUAUUCCCCUCCUAAAAAAGCUCUUAGAGUGAAACACCUUUUUUCUUUUGAAAGGUCCUGUUCUCUUCAAGAUCAGCUCUACUCUGGGUUCGCUGUGGGAUUUUAACUUAUAAGAGACCUGCUACUUCUUUUUCUCCCUCCCCUGCUUUAUGCCAGGCACUUUUACCUGGCUGGGAGCGGGUGGUGGGUGGAUUUGAUCUUACUGGGUAGGGGCUUGGCUCAGGGGGGACAGUGCUAUGAUCAGCUGCUCAUUUCCGUGCUGCUCAUACUCGGCUUCUGAGGGACUCUCUGUGCGGCCCCAGGACAAGGGAUAGAAAGCAGGCAGAGGGAGUAGAGGUGGCGGCGGCGGCGCUACGGCGCAGGCCAGGUGUUUCCUUGGCUCACACGAACAUUUCAUUUUUUUUAUUUUAUUUUAUUUUUUGCGUGUGCGGUCCUCGCAGUAGAGCCUCCGGGCUCCUGCACCCACUGAGGCCACAGCUAUGGUGAAGCUGGCAAACCCAGUCUACACCCAAUGGAUCCUGGAGGCCAUCAAGAAAAUCAAGAAGCAGAAGCAGAGGCCGUCAGAGGAGAGGAUUUCCAAUGCCGUCUCCAUGUCCCAUGGUCUUGACCGCAAGACGGUUCUGGAGCAGCUGGACCUCAGUGUCAAGGAUGGUACUAUCCUUAAGGUCACCAACAAGGGUCUCAACUCCUACAAGGACCCAGAUAACCCUGGGCGCGUGGCUGUGCCAAAGACUAAAGGUGGUGCUAGCUCUGGAGGUGGAGGUGGAGGAAGUGCAUCGGCAACAGGAGGAGGCGGCGGCGGAGGAGCAGCGAGCGGCGGCGGCAGCAGCAGCAACAUCAYCAGUAGCGGUGACGCCUCUCACUCGCAUUCAGGAAAGAAACCGGGUCUCGAUUGGAACAAACUGAUCAAGCGGGCGUUGGAGGGGCUUCACGAGCCCGGCGGUUCCAGCUUAAAGAACAUCGAGCGCUUUCUCAAGUGUCAGGCUGACGUGGCAGCCUACCUGUCGAGCAGCGGCUCUGCGGGGCCCGGCCUCUUCCACCAGCAGCUGAGAGUGGCCCUGAAGAGGGCCGUGGCCCACGGACGCGUGGCCAAGCAGGGUCCGCUCUUUCAACUAGUCAGCCGCAGCAGCACCCAGGAUGACGGGACCGGGACCGUGUCCCUGGAGUCGCUGCCACCCGUCCGAUUGCUUCCACACGAAAAAGACAAGCCGGUGGCAGAGCCCAUCCCCAUCUGCAGCUUCUGUUUGGGGACCAAGGAGCAGAAUCGUGACAAGAAGCCGGAGGAGCUCAUCUCCUGCGCCGACUGUGGCAACAGUGGCCACCCGUCCUGUCUAAAGUUCUCUCCAGAGCUCACGGUGCGAGUGAAGGCUCUGUGGUGGCAGUGCAUCGAGUGCAAGACGUGCAGCAGCUGUCAGGAUCAAGGAAAGAACGCGGACAACAUGUUGUUCUGUGACUCAUGUGACCGGGGCUUCCACAUGGAGUGCUGUGAUCCUCCUCUCACACGGAUGCCAAAAGGCAUGUGGAUUUGUCAAAUCUGCCAACCCCGAAAAAAGGGAAAGACACUUCUACACGAAAAGGCAGCGGAGAUCAAACGGCGCUACAACGCACCGCUGGGGCGGCCCAAAAACCGGCCGGGGCGGCCCUUCAAGAAGCUGGGUGGCCGUGGUCGGAGGAAGCGCUCCACCUCGGCCAACUCUUCCUCCAGCUCCUCCUGCGAGGGUUACCCCGGGGACGACCGGCUGCUGUUUUCGAUGCGCGGAGACGGCGACCAGUCGCACGGCAGCCUGCACUUCAACAACAAGACCAAGGGCCUCAUCGACGCCCUCACCAAGUUCUUCACACCGUCGCCCGAAGGCCGCAAGGCGCGCCACGAAACGGUGGAUUACUCCCAGCAGUGCCGCAUUCGUAAGAAAGCGAGCCGCAAAGGGGAGGGAGACGACCGGGGCGACAAUCAGGACGGCAGCGACUGGCGCGACGAAGAUGAGAAACUGCCCGGCCACGAGAACCUGACAGAAAAAGACAUCGAGUUGUUCAGACACAUUCAGGAGCUGGCACUACAGAAAGUCGGCGUGACGGGCCCACCAGACCCUCAGAUGCGCUGUCCAGCAGUCAUCGAGUUUGGCAAGUUUGAAAUCCAGACUUGGUAUUCGUCUCCCUACCCGCAGGAGUACAGCAGACUACCUAAGCUCUACCUGUGCGAGUUCUGCCUGCGCUACAUGAAGAGUCGCAGCAUCCUCUACCAGCACAUGAAGAAGUGCAACUGGUUCCACCCUCCAGCCAAUGAGAUUUACAGGAAGGAUGAGGUCUCUGUGUUUGAGGUUGACGGAAAUGUGAGCACAAUCUACUGUCAGAACCUGUGCCUGUUGGCCAAGCUGUUUCUGGACCACAAGACCCUCUACUAUGAUGUAGAGCCCUUCCUUUUCUACGUCCUGACCCAGAACGACAGCAAAGGUUGUCAUCUCGUUGGCUACUUCUCCAAGGAGAAGCACUGUCAACAAAAAUACAACGUAUCAUGCAUCAUGAUUCUUCCACAAUACCAGCGCAAGGGCUACGGGCGCUUUCUCAUMGACUUCAGCUACUUGCUUUCAAAGCGGGAGGGACAGCCCGGAUCUCCAGAGAAGCCUCUGUCAGACCUGGGCCGGCUGUCCUACAUGGCCUAUUGGCGCAGCGUGGUGCUGGAGUGUCUCCACGAGUUCCGUGACCGACAGAUCACCAUACGGCAACUUAGCAAACUGACAGGGAUCUGCCCGCAGGACAUCACCACUACCCUGCACAGUCUCAACAUGCUGGAGCAGCGAGGAGAAAGACUGGUGCUGGUGCGAAGGGACAAGGUGGUGGCUAACCACAUGGCUCGCCUAAAGGCCCGACCACGGCAGCUGGAAGUUGACCCCGAGUGUCUCCGCUGGACUCCGGUAAUUGUAACAAACACCGUGGUGUCUGACUCCGACAAAGAUGAUGACGACGAAGAGGAAGAAGAAGCAGAGGAGCACAUUCUCAAGGAGGUCAAACCAAGCCAGAAGGUCCCACCAGCUCCCUGGCAGUUGCAGCAGAAUGUGGAAGAUGAGGACACAAAGGGCUUCCUGGGGUUUCCCAUUAGCCAAAGCUCCCCGAGUUCCCCUUCCGUCCACUGUCCACCUGUCCCAGAACCACCGCGACCCCCGCCACCAACAAACGGAGAGCGUCGGCCCCGGGGGCGACCACCAAAAAACUGGCCUUGGGGCAAAAUAAAGAACAGCUCACGGGUCGGACGGCCACCCAAGAUCGACUCGGUGGAAGAUGAAGACGACGAAGAUGAGGAAACAACCGGGGGAAGGAGAACGCUGGCUUCUUCCUGCAGCCCUCCUUCCCUUUUCUCCUUGGACAGACAAGCUGACUCGGCAACUUUUCGCUCACUGGACAUGGCCAGGCACCCGUCAAUAACCCCGACAACUCGGAGAGGGAGACCCCCCAGGAAAAAGAGGGGUCCGAAGCCCAGACUGCUAGAAAUGUCUGCGGAGGGGCUGAGCCAGCUUUCUGUCAUGUCCAGGCUGACCGAUGCUCCGCUGGUCAGCGAAAGCAGUGAGGAAGAGGAUGAUGAUGACGACGACGACRACUACGACGAUGAUGAAGAGGGUAGGGGUUGCUCCCCACCCAUCCUUACCAAGCCAGCAAUAGGGCACAAAUACAAGAAGCCCCUGAAGAGGCCUCGUUUUCGCCCACGCAGCCACCCUCAAAGCAGCGUGGUGACAGAGACCAUCUCUGAAACUACAGAGGUGUUGGACGAGCCUUUCGUGGACUCGGACUCWGAAAGGCCUAUGCCCAGACUAGUAGAGGAAAGGUCUCUGGGCCACCCGCUGCGCCGCUAUCCCCCUGCAAGAUCUGCCCUGAGGCUGUGUGAACCAGCACCCAAAAGACUCUGCCACUCCAACCUCACCGACUCAGAGGAAGAUGGGCUGACGCCUGUGCUGAAGCCUGUAUCUGCUCUGACAGCAGCUCCGUCAGAGAUGCCGACGACCAACCCCGACGUCCCGGUCAAGAAGAAGAAAGGCUGGCCAAAGGGAAAAAGCCGCAAACCGCUACACUGGAAGCAACGCGAAAUGGGGAAAUCUCCAUGUGGCGGGCCCAACCAGGAGGCAACCGGAGACAGCCAGGUUCAAAGCGGRGAUCCCCAGCCCCCUAAAAUCAAGAUGAAGCCUGGCCGCAAGCCCCGGAGCUGGUACYUGCAGCGGGAGGAGGCAGAAAGGCAAGAGAAGGAAAGACAACUUGGCAUUGUUCCUCAGCUGCAUCAGUCAGACGACCACGCCACCAAGAGACUCUGUGGGACCAGCAAGAAGAAAGACUCCGAUGAAGACGACGACGAUUUCUCCAAAGCGGUUGAACAGAAGUUGCCCAGGAGGCGAGGAAGGCCUCCAAAGAACCGCCCGCUCCUCCAGUCUCUGCAGCCUGUCCCCAAAGCCCCUGCUACCUCUGAGCCCGAUGAAGAGGAGGAGGACGACGAGGAGGAGGACACGGAAAGAGGCUGGGCAGAGGACAAACCCAGCCGUCCACCAUCUUGUCCUUUGCUGUCUCCCUCUUCCUCCUCCUCAGCGUCAGGGCAUCGGGCUUCACAGUCUAGACCCCAAGAUGCAGACAUGGGCGACAGGGAGGAGGAAGAUGACGAUGAAGAGCGAGAGGAAGAGGAAAGYGGCAGCAUGGGGAGCGGAGGGGUCGGGCUCAACAGACGGUCCGCAGCUACGCCAGGUUCUGGAAGCCGGCGCAGCGAAGACCACGACGCAGACGACGAAGGUGACGGACACUUAGAAGACAAGAGCAGCAACAAGACGAGAAAAAGACCAGAGUCGGACGACGAAGAGGAGGACGAAGACGAGGACGAGGAGGAGCCCGCCUCACGAGCCAACUCUCCUCCCGUCAAAGAAGAACCCCAAGGCGGAGAGGCUUUUUUAGACAUGGAGAACAGCGUGGCCAGAGAUUACAUCAGCAAGCAGGAGGAGGAAGAAGAGGAGGAGGAGGCUGAGGAGGAGUCGGCUCCAGAACCCAAGUGUCCGCCUCCUGCUGCCGACCCUCAGCAGGAGGAGAGGCAGCGCAGGGAGCAGGAGGAGUCUGCUGCGGCAGCUGCAGCGGUGGAGACCGUCACGGCCAUGUCUGUUCCCUCUGAACCCAUGCAGCUGCAGGCUCUGCACCCCGACGACAAGGACGUCACCCUGCUGAUGGAGCCCCAGCACCCCAACCCGCAUCAGCACCCRGACUUCAAGGAGGACCUCGGCCACCAUCACCCACACCACCCGCACCAGCACUCCAACGAGCUGGACCUGGAGACCAUGCAGGCAGUGCAGUCCCUGACGCAGGGGGAAGCCCAGGACGAGGAGGCUGAGCCGCAGCCGCACCACGGGGCUUAUCAGGACUGUGAGGAGACCUUAGCCGCCUGCCRCACCCUGCAGAGCUACAGCCACGCAGGAGAGACCGAGGAGGAGGCGCUGGCUUUAGUGGAGGAGUGUGGCGCCUCACAACACAGCAGCCCCCUACCAAACCCCCCCGUGCCACCCCUGCCCAACCAGUCUGUGCGCUCCGCUAACAGUCCUGGGCUGCCCUCGGGCAUCGUGGACUCAGCGCCCGCAGUGCAGCGAGGGGGGACGCCCGGUCCCACYGGAUCGGGGAGCAACAACGGCGGCUCUGGCAGCGGUUACACUCAGAUCACACCAGAGCAUCCCAGUUCUCUGUCGGCCCCCUCCCAGCAGAAUAUGGAGACCUCCCCAAUGAUGGACGUGCCGUCCGUCUCGGACCACUCGCAGCAGGUCGUGGACAGUGGCUUCAGUGACCUCGGCAGCAUCGAGAGCACGACCGAGAACUACGACAACCCCAGCAGCUACGACUCCACCAUGGGGGGUGGGGGUAACGGGACGGGAAACGGGGGUAAUGGAGGGGGCAUAUCAGCUGCCGUGGUAGUGGGAGUGUCCACAGCUUCCUCGUCCUCCUCAUCGUCCACGUCAGCCACCCCGUCCUCCUCCUCUCAGUCCAGCAGCUGCUCCUUCGCGCCCAGCCUCUCCUCUUCCACAGGAAGUGGRGGAACCCAGCUAGCGAUGGGCAGCUGCAGCCUCGUUCAGCAAACAGGACCGGGACCCAGCAGUGGACCAGGUGCCAGUAACGUGGGCGGCGCCGUGCCCCAGCCCCCGCCGCCCCCGCCCCCGUCCAACACACCCAGCUGUGGCAUCAAGUCCCCUCAGAGCUGCGGCGUCAUCGAGCGACCUCCGAGCACCAACCAGCAGCAGCAGCAGCCUCAGGCCCAGAAAAAGGUCCCCCAACAGCCCCCUCAGCAACAACAAGCCCCCAACUCUCAGCCCCAUCCCUCUGCCCCACCACCACCCCCGCAGCAGGCCCUGUCCCAGUGCAGCAUGGGUAACGGCUUCGCCUCCACACCCAUGAUCAUGGAGAUCCCAGAGAGUGGGGGCGGGGGCGGGGGCCGCACCCUGUAUGAGCGCAUGGGCCAGGACUUUGGCACAGGGGGCUACCCCCAGUCCACUGCCACGUUCAGCUUGGCCAAGCUCCAGCAGCUCACCAACACAAUCAUGGACCCCCACGCCAUGCCCUACUCUCACUCUGCCUCCGUCACCUCCUACGCCACCAGCGUGUCGCUGUCCAACCCCGGGCUGGCCCCCUCGCCCCACGCUCCUCUCCCACAGGGCCAGCCCACCAURACCUCCCCUCCCAACCUCAGCUCGGGCUCCAUGAACCUGAGCUCGCUGCAGCUGCAGUGCAACAUGCCCGCCACCAACAUCAGCCUGGGACCCCCGCACACGCAGAGGCUGCAGGGCCAGAUGGCUACMGUCAAGGGUCACAUUUCCAUCCGAUCCAAAGCCACCCAGCAGCUGGCCCCGGCCCCGCACCAGCAGCAGCUGUACGGCCGCAGCUCGGGGGCCGUGGCCAUGCAGGGGACGCCGCGCACCUUGGCGGUCCAGCGYGGCAUGAUGCCGAAUCUCAUGCCCACGCCAGCGCCGUACAACUCCAUGAACAUGACGCCCCUGAACGCCAUGUCGGCCGGCUACCGCAUGCCCCAAACCAUGAUGAACAGCGGGUACCACAGCAACCCGGCCUACAUGAACCAGCCCACUCAGUACCCCAUGCAGAUGCAGAUGGGCAUGAUGGGAGGGCAGGGUUACCCGCAACAGCCUAUGCAGCCCAACCACCAUGGCAACAUGAUGUACACUGGCCCCUCCCAUCACAGCUACGCCGGAGUCCCGAAACAGUCACCUUACAUGAGCAGAUGAGCAACAAAGAAGUGACACUGAAGACGUGGGGCUAGAGUUACCGCUCGCUGGAUUCUACAUGUCCAUUACUCCCUCUACCUUGUCCAGUGCCUCUGCAGGCACCAGGGGGUGUAAGGGAUCGGAGACAGAGCAUGAGUUGGUUUCCUGUUUUUUCUGUUGUCGUUGCAUCCUGAUUGUAUCUGGGCUUGCUUCUCCCUUCCCCUCCUACUGGCUGCGUUGGGGCGCAGCUUGGGGUUGGACGAGCACAUAGACCUCAAGGCUGGAUCGGCCUUCUAACGUGGCUUCCCACAGCUACAGGAGUCUCCUUUUUAUCAUGCAGCAGAAACGUAAAGAGGACAAGAACGGCCAGGGAACGACACAGAAAGACAGUUCAGGAAUCCCUCGCUCUUUCAGACUGCAGACAAAUAAACAGUGAAUAACUGAAYACAUCCAACCAUGCACACAAUCUUUUAAUUAUCAUAGGAAGCCUUACAUUGGAAAAAAAACAGACUAAAUGUUGUAGGCGGACUGUUUUUGUUAAACAUAACAUCGAGUCUUAUUUUUGUUGUUGUUUUUGUUGACUUUUUAUUUUUUUAUUUGUUUGGAAUACUCGUGUGCAGUUCGACAUCCUGUAUGCUUUGGUCUUUAUAUGUGUGGCGUUCGUAAAAAAAAWAAGAAAUAAAUAAAAAUGACGACACGCCCUCCUGCUUGCAGAGAAAGCCGAGCAUCUCCGAGGUGCUGCUUGGUCCGGCGGCCUUUUUCCACGUUCCAGAAAAGCCUCAGAGCAGGUGCCUCGGGCGUCGGAGGUGGCGUCGAGCCGUUUCCAGAGAAUCCGUCUUCCCCAGAUGGACACGUGUUGUACCAAAAACACAGCGAAGACACAAAAGAAACUAGCGUGUUGCUAUUAUAUAUCCAUAAAUGAAAUGAGUAGCAUUAUUUUCUAGUUUGCCGCCACUUUGAAACAUUUAGAUGUAAAUAUUCUGGUACUUCCCAAUACUCAGCACACACACACACACUGAGCAGCUGUGGCCAGUCGAUGGCUAGCUCAGGAAAGUCUAACAUUCAGCUCUUUUUGUCCACACUCCACUGAAAGACUGUACAGCGUCAGUCUUUUUUAGCAGCUUAGAGAAUGCAGAGCAGACCGUUGCGUCGUCACUUCCUGCUCCAAGUCGGAUCAUUUUUAGCUGGACUCGCCUCCUCGGGUGUUCGUGGUCCAAAACCAUUUUGAGGGGUCUGCUUUCGACUGGUGUGUUUCAGUAAAACUGUAUUUCUAUUUUUUUUUAUUUGUUUGUUUCGUUUCUGCUAAACUCUGCACUCCCAUUGACUAGACAUAUGGCAGCAUAGAGUCAGCCUUUCUGAAAGGUGUGCCUAAUGCCCGAUCUAGUGCACGGUUCGGCCCGCGGACGGAGGCGCACUUAUAAGACGCAGGGUCUGAGGCGGGUAAGUGUUGGAGGUCUUGUACCUGGCAGGCAGUUGACCUUGUUGCUCCAUUUACCAGUGUUCAAAGUAAAAAGAAAAAAAAUUACAGUUUUCUGACAUGACAUGCAUACCUUUUUUUCAUGUGUAUUCUGUUCUUGUUUCUUUUGUUGUUUUCUGUUCUGAAUUUUAUCAAACUGGGCAGCUUUUUUUAUGACAAGCUGACUAUUUUAUUUUUCAUGUUUUGUCUUUAGAAAGCUAUUGUAGAGAAAAUGUUUUUUUUUUUCUAUAAUAUAAAAAAGUAAUUCUGACAAGGAUAUUGGUACUGUCAUUUUUCUUUGCUUUCUGUUUCAGGAAACAACAACAAAAACAAAAAUGAAAACGUAUUUUUUAGCUCGCCUCUUGGGUAAUAAUUACUAAGAAAUUCAAAAUGUAAAAAAAUUUACAACUCACUUUUAGUGACUUUAAGAUGCCUUUAACCUCUCCAUUCCAUCUCAUCUCUAGAGUUUUUCUAUCUUUGUGUAGUAUAUUAAUGCUAUUUUAAACAAAAGGACUACAAAUAUCUAAAGGUCACUUGACAUUUUUUUCUUUCUGUUUUUUUACUUGUGUGUGUAUAGGAUGACUUCCUUACAUUUAAGAGGCAUGUACAAAUGAGCUCAGUAUAUUUGUCUGUUUAUAUUGCUUCCCUUUUUGUAUCCUUUGUAAUUGUACAUGUUGCGUUGUAUGCUAAGAGAGAGCGCAAAAUAAAGAGACAAGGUGAGGCCUGAGCUCCUGGAGUCGCGCUCAGCCACCUCAGCUCUCUACUCUGG